CAUCCGCCGCUGCUGCCUGAGCUCGGUCAGGUGUUCGUUGUACAGCGACGUAAACUUUGCAUUUGGAAAACUGAUUGGAUUUUUUUGUCGGGACAAACACAGUCGAGGCCAUGCUCAGACGGAUACUUCAAAUGACUCCUGGGAAGGGAGGCUCCCAGAAUGCAGAGUCAGAGCAGCCCAGCACAGACCUUAACCAUGAUCAGACGUCUGAGGGCUUCAUCUGUCCUCAGUGCAUGAAGUCUCACAACUCUGCAGAGGAGCUGUUCAAGCACUAUGAGCUGUUUCAUGACACCGGAGACCUGCCCGCUCAUGUGGCCCCCACUCGGGAAGACCUUACAAUGCUGCGACAAGAAGUUCAGGACCUGCAUGCUUCUCUCAAGGAGGAAAAGUGGUUCUCUGAAGAGCUGAAGAAGGAGUUAGACAAAGUCCAAGGACAACUGAAGCAAAAUGAUGGACAGAUGAGCUCAGAGGAUUCAACCCUUGAAAGGAAGUUGAACGAAGCAGAGACAGAAAAGUUCAACAUCAAGCAGAUGAAAGACCUGUUUGAGCAGAAGGCUGCCCAGCUGGCCACAGAGAUCGUAGACUUAAAGUCCCGCUAUGAUGAGGAGAGAAGCCUAAGGGAGGCUGCUGACCAAAGGCUGGGCAAACUGACCGAACAGCUACAGAAAGAGAAGCAGGAGAAUGAGAGACUCCAAACAGAGCUGCUGCAGCGACCGGGAGUGGAGGAUGUGGAGGUGCUGCAGAAGGAGCUGGUGCAGGUCCAGACACUGAUGGACAACAUGACCCGUGAGAGGGAGGAAGAGUCUGAGCGCCUCAAAACCCACUACGAGCAGCUGCAGGCUAAUUACACUACCUCAGAGAUGACCAUAUCCCAACUAAAAGCAGAGCUGGAGAAGGGUCCACAGGAAGCAGCUGUCUACACACAACAGAUCCACCAGCUGCAGAGCAGUCUGAAUAAUUUGCAGCAGCAAAGCCAGAGUAUGUCUGAAAAGCUUGCACGUAAGGAGAAAGAGUAUCAGGAACUGGAGGAGCGUCUGGGAGCUGAGAAAACUGCUAGGAAGGGAGCUCAAGGCAGCCUGAGAGAGAGGGAGCUGGAGGUUCAAGAGCUCCAGGCUCGGGCCACGGGGGCUGAAGCCUCCCUGCAGAAGUCCCAAACGGAACUUGGAGAAAAGGCUGCGGAGGUGGUGAAGUUGAAGAGUGAGAUCACGGAGCUGGAGGUGAAGCACGCAGAGCUAAAGGUUGAGAGGAAACAGCUGGAACAGCAAAGGGAAGAAAAAGACAGCCAAGGUGCUCAGCAGCAGACUGAGAUCAGUCAGCUGCACGCCAAACUGCUGGAGGCGGAGAGACAGCUGGGCGAGGUGCAAGGCCGUCUUAAAGAACAGAGGCAGCUGUCUGGGGAGAAACUGAAAGACCGCGAGCAGCAAGCAGCCGACCUGCAGCUCAAACUGUCCCGUGCCGAAGAACAGUUAAAGGAGAGUGCCAGUAAGAAUACAGACCUGCAGCACCAGCUGGAGAAAGCCAAGCAGCAGCAUACGGAGCUGCAGGCGCUGCAGCAAAACACCAACGGCAAACUCCGCGAGGCACAGAAUGACCUGGAGCAGGUGCUGCGUCAGAUCGGAGAUAAGGACCAGAAGAUCCAGAAUCUGGAGGCUCUGCUGCAGAAGAGUAAGGACAUAGUGACCCAGCUGGAAACUGAGCGAGAGGACUUGUGCGCCAAAAUCCAGGCUGGGGAGGGAGAGACCGCUGUGCUCAACCAGCUAAAAGAGAAAAACCAUGCACUACAAGAACAGGUCACGCAGUUAACAGACAAACUUAAGAACCAAUCGGAGAGCAACAAGCAAGCCCAGGAUAACCUUCAUGAGCAGGUCCAGGAGCAGAAGACCCUGGUGCGUUCAGCCCAGGACCGAGCCCACACCCUGGAGACCUCCGUCACUGAACUCACCGCCCAGCUGGCAGACAGCAAGGAGAAAGUAGCUCAGCUGGAUGCUCAGCUGAAGGCAAAGACAGAAUUGCUGCUAUCUGCAGAGGCCGCCAAGGCUGCACAGAAGGCUAACCUGGAAAACAACCUGGAGACUGCUCAGCAUGCACUGCAGGACAAGCAGCAGGAGCUGAACAAAGUUCAGAAGAAGGUGGAGGAGCAGGCCCAAAGGCUCAAGGAGAGACAGGAUCAGUCCACGCAGUUGGAGGCUAGUCUGAAGGAAUGCAAAGACAAACUAAUGGCCUCAGAACAGCGUACAGAGCAGCUAGAGGGACUCAAUAAGAAACUGGAGUCACAGGUUGGAGAGUUGCAGGUCACACGGGACCAGAUGCAGAAAGAAGUUCAGAAGCUGCAGAAGGAGGGGUCAGAGGUCAAACAAAAAGCCAAGGAGCUUCAGCGCUCGCUGGAAACGGAGAAAGCAGGGGCUACAACACUACAAGAGGAACUGAAGAAGAAAGAAACUGAUUUAAGUGACAUUCAGCAGCAGCUGGAGCGCAGUGAGCAGGACAAAGCUGCUCUGAAGAUGAACCUGGACAAGGUGACUCAGGAGGGAAAGACUAAGCAUGAGGAGCUGGACAAGAAAACUCAGAGCCUGACAGCAGACUUACAAAAGGUCCAGCAAGAGAAAGAGGCUCAAAAGAAGGAGCUUGCCUCUACGCAGGAGAGUCUAGGAAAGGCUGAUAAGGCUCUGAAAGAGAGUCGUAGUCAACUGGACACAGAGAGGAAGAACCACAAGUCAGCAAUGGAGGAGAAGGAAAAGUCCAAUGAGAAGGCCAGACAGGAACUUCUUAAGAAUAACGAGGCCAUCACAAAGGCGAUGAAAGCAUCUAAAGAGCAGUUGGAGCAGAUGGGAGAGGCGGAGAAAAAGUUAAAAGUGCAGCUGACGGCGUUGGAGCAGCAGCACUCAAAUACUCAGGGGGCACUGAAAGAAAGAGAGAAGCAGUUAGAGAAGCUGCAGGCACAACUUAAGACAGCUCAGGGGUCUUUUGAGGAGGAAACGAAGAAACUGAAGGGCCAAGUUGCAGAGCUACAAGAAGUUGAUGUCAAGAAGACUGAAGAGGAGAGUAAGCUGAGGGCCCAGGUGUCGGGGCUCGGCCAGGAGCUGGCCUCUCAGAACAGUCGGACGACAGAGCUACAGAAGGCCUUGGAGCAAAGCCAAGAGAGCCUCACUAAGCUUCAGUCUGACUUCUACGGCAAGGAGUCCGAAGUCUCUGCCCUGCGUCAAGACCUGAAGGCAUCCGGGGAGAAGCUGAGCUUGGCUCAGGAAGAGCUGGCCGCUAACCGCACCCAUCAGACAGGUUUAGAGGCUCAGAUCCAGGACCUGCAGAAGGUUCGGGGCUCGUUGGAGCAGGAGCUGGCAAAACGAGAUCAGAAGCUCCAAAAGCAAGAACAAUCCCUGAAGGAACUACAGAAGCAACAGGGUCAAGUAAAGGAGGAUCUGGAGAAGGAGAGGAGUAAAGUGGAGGAGCUGAAUAAAGCCAAGAGUGUCCUGGAAAAGAAUAACACACGACUGACUUCUGAAUUAAAAGCACUGACAGAGAAGAGCGAGAAGGAGCUGGCUGAGCUGCGGGAAGCCAAACAGCUGUUGAUCCAGCAGAAGCUGGAGCUGCAGGGUCAGGUGGAGACAGCACAGAAGACCCUCGAGCAGGAGCAGAAAGAGCACCAGGCCACUAAGGACAGCAGGAGCCAGAGAGAGGAGCAGCUCCUUGCACAAACUAAGGAUGUCCAGGAGCAAUUGUUGGCAGAGAAGCGAGCGAGAGAAGAGCAGGUGAAGCGUGGGGAGGAGGCAGAAGCUAAGAUGGGUGUUCAGGUGACGGCUCUGAAUGAAAACGUGGCCACGCUGAAGAGAGAGUGGCAGGGCAGUCAGCGGAGAGUCGGCGAACUGGAGAAGCAGACAGAUGAGCUGAGAGGAGAGAUCGCUGUGCUGGAGGCCACCGUCCAGAACAACCAGGACGAGAGACGGGCUCUUCUGGAGAGGUGUGUAAAGGGUGAAGGUGAGAUAGAGAAACUGCAGGCCAAGGUGGUGGAGUUGAGGAGGAAGCUGGACGACACGACUGCAGCCAUGCAGGAGCUCGGCAGAGAGAACCAGUCGCUCCAGAUCAAGCAGUCCCAGAGUCUGACCAGGAAGUGGGCCGAGGAUCACGAAGUGCAGAACUGCAUGGCCUGUGGGAAAGGCUUCAGUGUCACAGUCAGGAAGCACCAUUGCAGACAUUGUGGCAACAUUUUCUGCGCCGAGUGUUCAUCGAGGAACGCCCUCACGCCGUCCUCUAAAAAGCCAGUACGGGUCUGUGAGACGUGCUUUGAGGAGCUCCAAGGCUGAUCUCCUACUUCUUCCUUUACCUCCCCCAAACACCCCCACCUCUCUUACCCCCUUUCCCUCCACUUCCUCCUUUCCCUCCACUUCCUCCUUCAGCGAGCAGAAGAAGGCGCGUCUUUAUCAUAUUUAAUGUGCACUAUUAAGGACAGACCCAGUGCAAAGUCUCCCACCUGCGUGUGACUUCUGGCUCUGGUGUGGAGGGAAAUUACUGAAAUGUUUUAAUGAAGAGACACCAGAGCCACGUGGGUGGGACUGGUCGGGAUUGUCUGUAUCUGUUUUUGUGCCUUUGCUACUCCUGUGGACUGCCAGAGAGCGGAGACAGCGAGAACUAAACACCAUCCAUCUCUCUAUAAGUUCAUGUUCUCAUCUCCAUUGUUGUUUUGCAUCAUUAGCACGUGCAGGUGGUUUGCUGUGUACGUUGUAAGAUGUUGGGCAUCAGCUGUCAGGAGGCGUGUGAGGUCAGAGUGACUGGGAGAAAUAGAUAUUGUAAUGGUGAUGUUGAAAAUCACUGCUGCCCUACAAAGGUGAAUGCAAGUAACUAUUUUGUGAAGAAAAGACAAAUCUGUAAAUACUCAAUGUGACAUAUUUUCUGUGAAUAACUGCAUCAGUCUGAUCACUAAGAAACUGAAAUUCUGAUUUUUAUAGGAAGGAAGUUGAGCUCAUGUUAUCAGUAACAUGAAAAAAUAUUUUUGGGUAUUUUUCCAAUUCAACUGUAUGAAUAAGAAAGUGUGUUGAAAUAGUUUUUCUUAGGAGCAUGCUUCAAAUUUGCCUUCAAGAAAUCAUUAUUUGUGCUAUAUCUGAUUAAUAUUAUGACAACAGUUCAUUUUGCCCCAAACCAACACUUGUUGGUAUAUCAGCUGAAGUUUUAAUUUGAUGUUUUGUGGACAGGAUUUAGAGAUUUUAAUUUUAAGAAUAUGCAUUGUGUUUGGUAACGCAACAUUGGCAAAGACCACUGGAUCCCACUGUGUUGUUCGGUUUAAUAGGACAAAUCUUAAAGUGUAAAAAGAAACCCCCCCCCCCAAAAAAAAGAAAAACAAUCCAUCAGUUGAUUUAUGCACCAGCGAUUUUUCUGAACAGGCCGUCUGAUGAGUUACUGCAUGUUUCCUUUGUGCGGCAGCACAUUUGUGUAUUUGUUGAAAUUGAUGUAUUCAGCCUAUUUCAUGACCAAAGAAUGUCUGCAGCAGGAAUACAGCCGAGAUGAAAACCUUGAGCUUGUUUCAUAUUUCAGUAUUUUUCUAAGCGUCUCCUUGGAAGCGUUUAAGUUUUAAAUCACAGGGUCCUGCAUUUUUAUCUUGAACACAGCAUGUGUGACGACGACGUUCAAGGCUUUUAUGUACAGUCAGUUUUUGCUGUGCCACAUUUCUCUUUGCGUGUUAAUUUUUUUGCAAAUUGUGGUGCUUUCUGCAGACUGUUAAUGCAGUCAUUGAAGGUGCCUGCAUGUUUAUUUUUUAAAAUUUUGUUCUCUUGCUGCUUGUCUGCACUCAGCAGCACUGACUACUGCUGGAGCUGUGUGUGCGUGUGUGUGUGUGCUUUUAAGCAAUAACUGUAGCUGUGUGUGAUGUUGCUGUAACAGAGUGUGUGUUUUAGUGUUUAGGCCUGCUGUGUGUCUGCCGAGUUGCACUGUAUGAACGUUGGCUUCUCAGAACCUCAGUAUCUCUCUGGCGAGAUGUUGGUGCUGCUUUCAGGUGCAGCAGUUGCUGUUGGUUCUCUGUCCAACCUUUAUGCAGCCGAGGACACUGUAAAAGUUCAUUUCUGCUUUGUAUAAUUUAUAAUUGUUGACAGAUAUCGGUAGGUAAGAUCUUUUGUGCAAUUGUCCAAGGACUGGAGCAGGCGAAAACACUGUAAGCCAGGCGACAGUGCAGGCAGUUCUGGCAUUUUGCAACAACCAGCUUGUUUCAGGCUUUGGCUUACCAAAUUAGCUCUUUAUGCUUGUAUGCUAAAAAAAAAAGUCCAUCUCAGUUGCAAGCGCUCAAGAACACCUGUCUCUUUUUGUGUUGCUUUGGUUUUGUUAUGUCUACCUCAGAUUGGCACAGGAAAGCACUAUUUCUAAACCUUAGAGAUCACAAAUAUUGUGACAUUGCCUGCAUUUGAUCAAGGAUUUGUGAUUUAUCUAUCAAGCUGUACAGUCCCUUAAAACCUAGAGAUGAUUUGCACCUUAUUGUACUGUGGGCUCUUCAGUAUGAGAACACAGCCACAAAUGUAGGACCACAAACUUUAUACAAGCUUCAGCAUUUCUAGCCCCGAUGUACUUAACUGCUCAUCAAUACUAAGGCUGUCAUAAUUAUCUUUGUAAAUGUUUGUAACGAAAGAGAAAAAGGAAAUAUAUAACACUUGUGGAUGUAGAAACACAGUUGAAAAUGUGUGUGAACUCAUCAGUGUCUUACUCUUUUUUUUUUUUUUUUUUUUUUU